UCAAUGCUUGUGAAGGUUUUUCCCAACAGAAAUGAUUCCAUGAGGCUGUGAUUCUUGCAGCUGCUGAGCUUCCUCUUAAAUUCCCAGGCGGGACAUGGUUUCUGGAGUGCAGAAAGCCAGUGCUGUUGUCUUUUCAGGCUGGGGUUUGUGGGAUGGAUGAAGCUUCACUUUUUUCAGCAGGGAGCUUCCCUGCAACUUCAUCUUGAAAAUUUUUCUCCCCUCUUCAAAAAACCUUUUUUGAAGAAAGACACCAUGCAGAGUUACAAGAGAUGGCUCCCACUCUCCUUGCACUGCCAUGACGAGAACCAGCGCGUGGUUGAUGCCUCCCGGGAAACGCUGCUCUGUUCCGCCCGAUUGCUGAAGAGGAAGGAUCUCCAGCAGAUGCUGCGGGUGGAUCAGACCUGGAGGUUCGGCGAGGGCUUGCUGGCACAGGACAGGAGCCGAGCGGCUGAGCACCUGCACCGGGCCCUGCUGUACCUGGACAGCCCGCAGGAGUCCCUGCGAGCGGCGGCCAUCAGGUUCAUUGGGAUGGCCGGGCAGCACCUCCGGGGGAACAAACGAGAGCUCCAGAGCAUCUGUCAGGCCCUUGAUGACAAGGCACAGGACAUCAGCCCUGCCAUCAGAAGGCUGGCUCUGGAAACAGCCUUUGUCCUCCGGGCAGCUCCAGGCUCCAUCUUGCAGAAGUGGCAAGAUGGAUUCCGCAGGGCACGCAAGAACCGCCCUUGUCUGUGGGCCCGUGGCUGGCUGUGCUGCUGGAGCUCUGAGGAGAGCUAAAUUGAGAGGCUCUCUGUCUGCCGGGGCCAUCUGAGCCAGGCAGGAAUUUUCUUUAAGAUGGUUUUUUUU